AUGGACUAUGAGAAUAUGCCUAUUGACUUCUCCUCACAUUCCUCCUAUUGCAAGAAAUCCUCGACGUUCCAGGUAAGAGUUUGCCUACCUGCUGUUGUUUACCAUCCGAUACCACAUGCGUUCAAAAACCUUGAUAUGGAAAUGGAUGAUCUAGUCAUUGAGGAGUCCUUACACAUACAAACAACAAAUAUGAUUUGUUCAAAAAAUGAAGAACUGGAAGUAAAAGAUGUUCUGAGUAAUUCAAUCAAAACUUUGAGAAGAGGACUUUCCGAUGUUACUAAUAGAAGUGAAAUUUUCGAUAUUUCAGCCCCCGGUUUUGUCCAGCGGAGUCACCAAAAUCCAGAAAAUCGUUUUUUGCUAAGCCGCAAUUAUUGCGUGCAAAUAGCAUGCAUAACAAUAGGAAAAGAUGUUUCCCUUCACAUAGUUUGGACAAUAAGAGAACUCUCCAACAUGUUCCGCAUCUUCUACUACCACAAGCACUACAACUACAACGAAAAGGAGAUCAUCGUUGAUGCUUCGAGUUCAAUCCUCCUCUGUGCUCGAAGUCAGCAGCCAUCAUCAUCUCCCCCAGCUCCUCGAUGUGGUCCGUAA